AUGCAGGAGGUCGGAAGCCUCAGCACUAGUGAGUCGCGAGAGAUUCAGCAUUGCAAACAUUACUCAUUGAAGCACACACUGAAAGUUGUUAUUCGUAAUAGCAUCUACGCAGCCAUUGGUCGCAUUCUCAUAGGAGUUAUGAAGGCAUUAGUGAAGCGUGGUGUCUCGAGAGCGUUCUUAGCCCGCAUCCCGUCCGAGUUCCUCUCGCUGGAUCCUCUAAAAUGGGCAACCGUCUUCGCCGGCUUCUCGAGCUUCCGUUUCUGUCGGCAGACGCUCCUCCGCACUCUCAAACCAUUUGGAGCCUCGGAGAAGUUCGUGUCGCUGCUGGCCGGCUGUAUUAGUGCCACACCUGCCUUUGUCAUGAACAAGGAGACGCGCACGGAGCUGUGCCUGUACCUGUUCGUUCGCAGUGCCCACACAUUUUCACAGCGCCACCUUUUGCCACGCAUGCCAAAGGUCGUCCAGGAGUUCUACUACUACGACGUGGUGCUCAUGUGUCUGAGCUCCGCCCAAAUUGGCUACGGCACUCUCUUCAAUCCCAACACUCUGCCAAAGUCGUACCAAGGCUUCCUGAACCGUAUCUCCACCUAUCAUGAAAAGCUCAUCCGCGGCCACUCUGGGUUCUGCCGCGAGCGUCUUAUCCCCGAUCUUGUAGACUACUGCUGGUCGAAGAAACUUCCGGUGAUCGAGAACUUUGGCCAACGCGGCGCUAAUAUUCUUUGCCAGGUGGCGCACAGCGGCUACUCGUGCAACAUGUGGGCCGUUGUCUUCAUCGUCAAGAACAUACUUACCAUUGGCAUGCCGCUUUACGGCCCGCAGCGACUCGUGUCGAUGCUGGUGUUCCAGCGCAGACGCCUCAUGACAAACCCGGUCUCCACAAUCACGCACAACGUACGCUCGAUGUUGAUCAGCUCCCUUGUUCUCGCCUUGUACAUUGGGGUUAUCCUGCGCUCCGCUUGCUUUGGCGUGCAACACCGCGGCGGAGGCACCAAGACAGUGACGGCGCUGUGCUCCCUUGCCGGAGUGGCAACGCUACUAGAACCGAAGAGACGUCGCAUGGAUCUCGCCCUGUAUUGCUCCAUGCAAGCGCUUCGCUCCUUCUUACUGACACAGAACCUGCGCGGCCGCCUGCCCUAUCCGCGGCACUGGUUCGUGUGCACCGUAUAUCUGCUCUCCGUCGGAUUUCUCUUUUAUCAGUAUGAGGAGGAGCCGAGGCUGUUGGACCGCCGCGUCCGCACGGCGCUGCACCUCCUGCUAGAUGAGCCGUCACCCGCGGUGUCGAAAGAGGAGACGUCACCGUUCGCGAGCGCUGCCGUGUCCACAGGCGACAGUGCGGGUGCGGAUGCGCCUGCGGAAAGUCCCACUGCCGGCAAAACCAAGGAAAAGCCAGAAGUCGCCAGUACCGUAUCCAUUGGGUCGACACGUCAAGGGACUUAG